AUGAGAGAAGCCGGCUUUGGCGCCCAGGAUCUUUCGCAAUUCGCCACUUUGCUAUUGUCUGCUUCUGCCGAUCCACGUCGGCAGCCGCUAGCGUUCAGAUUGUUCCAAGUGGCACACCAGGCCGGGUCAGACGAUGCUGGCUACUUCUGGGCAAGCAUGGUGCUGCAAAACACUGCACCUCCACCACCCUCGGGCGAUGCGAACGGCAGAGUCCAGGAGGCUUUGACGCUCUAUCAGCAACUCUCGGCGGCCGGCAAUGCACGCGGCUCCCUAGGCGUAGCCAGGUUGCUUCUUCAACGGGUGCAGAGAGCGCAGGUCGAAAAGGCACAGCGGCCUGCACUGAUCGAGCAAGCCGUCAAACUGUAUACGCAGGCGGGCGAAAAGGGCCUCGCGGAAGCGUGGUAUGAUCUUGCGCUGCUGUUUCAAGAAUCACGCUUCAACCCACCAGAUCAGCAGCGUGCUCGCGAUUAUCUGCACAAGGGCGCCCAGCUGGGUCAUUCGGGAUGCCUCUUUGCGCUUGGCAUGGAUCACUUGCUCGACAACGAGACUGGCGACAAAGCAGAAGCAUUCCGACUGUUCAAGCAAGCCGCCGAGCAAGGCGAUGCGCAGAGCAUGUUCCAAGUAGGCUCGUUCUACUUUUUGGAUCGCGACAAGAUGGCUCAGCAUCCGGAUGUCACGGCAGGUGACAAGACUAUGAAACAGGCGCACAAGGACACAUUCGGCGUCGAGGCCAAUGACAUUGAAGCUCGAUUCUGGCUUGAAAAGUCGGCACAGUGCGACUAUCCGCCCGGCAUCUUGCAGCUUGCAACGUUGCUUGGUCAGCAUCGUGCGCUUGAUCCCAGCUUGCAUCAAGUGCGUGGUCUUCGAAGCAUCGACAAGGCUCAAGCCGAUCAGCUGUCGUAUGCACUGUUGGCAAAGCUUCUUGCCAUCCUCAAGACGUCGGGCAACCUGCCUUCGCUGCCAUCUCAAAAAGGCCAAUGGUCCAACAGCCAGUUCAACGGCCUCAUUCCUCAGGCACAAGCCAUGUACGAAAAGCUCGAGAAGAAGAUUGGCGAUUCCAGCGACAAGGAAUAG